AUGGACCAACGCAGGGGUAUUGCCUCCUCCCCCGCGAAGGGGGAGCUGAAGUAUCAGCACGGGCUUAUAUUUAUGCAGCACGCUAGGUUCAGGGAAGCCAUCAACGCUUUUGCCGAGGCCUCCUUCUUCAUGCCACGCAAACCACAGCCCCUCAUUGCUGCUGCGGAGUGCUACGUCUCGCUGUGCGACUUCCAAGGGGCAGUAAAGCAGUACCGUCGCUCGCUGUGGCUCUUGCGCCCUCGAGACGAGAAGGACGGUGAGGAUCCGCUGGACAUUGCUGCCUUGGUGCAGCCCCCUGCUUCCUUUGAGCGGCGCCCCGGCAGCUGUAGCACGAAAGGCCUCGACGACAACAAGGGCGAGGAUGACGCAACACCGCAGGUUAGCGGGCCACCCUCUGUGGCGCAUGGCACACCGCCACCGAGUGCUUUCCGUGCACGUCUCGCUGCUGCGUCAGGGGAUGAUUGUGCACUUGUCGAGUCUGUUCAGACACGCCUAGCGGGUAUCCUUGAUGCGCUUAGCAUUACCCUCUUCAACGCGAAGGAUUACUUACAGGCCCUGCGCUUUGCCGAUGACUCCCUCGAGUUGCGCCGGCACCCACAGGUGGUUCUGCACCGCUGCGCUUACCUUGUGGCUCUUGAGCGCGAGGACGAGGCGGAGAAGGAGUUGGAGAAGCACUUGAAGGAGAAUCCAGACUUUAUGAUUGAAAGCAGCUCGCUACUGGUGCACCUUUACUGCAUCCGGCAAGCCUUUCAGCACGCUAAGGCGCUGCUGGAAAAAGUGCCGGUGCCGGAUCGUCAGCAUCCGCAGAUUUUGCUCUCGCAGCACAUCUUUGACUCUGCCUACUCUGUGUUUCGUCAGAGGUCGAUUGAACAUUCGGAUUUGCAGGCGCUUACACGUUGUCUCCUGGUGUUUCCAGAGGAUGCAGCGCUGCUGUUUGAGCGUGCCAAGCACCAUAUCAACAACAAGAAGGAUAAGAAGGCUGUGCCUGAUCUCUUUCGUUGCAUCAAAGUGUCUGACGGGCAACAUAAGGCUGCAAUUGAGUUGAUGACGAAGACUCUGUUUCGUGUUGGUGCGAGUCUUGAUGGUGAGAAUGGCAUAAGAGAUGCGAUUGAAUACUACACAACAUCUCUUAUCUGGCAUGCAGAGAAUAUUCCAGUCCUCCUCGCCCGUGGUGAUUGUUACAGACGAAUUGGGGACUAUCAGCACGCACUGCAGGACUUUAUGCGGGUGGAGAACAUUGCGCCGCGGCACCCCGCAGCCACGCGGCGCAUCGCCUUCCUGCACGACAUUUGGGGCUCUAAGUUUCAUACGCAGGGAAAGCUGGCGGAUGCGGAGCGGGAGUUUAGUAAUGCCAUUGCAACUUGUGACACAGAGCCGCUCUUUUACUACCACAGGGCAUGCUGCCGUUUCGAUCUUAAUGAACCACGGUACGCCCUGCGUGAUGUGCUGUCGUGUCAACGCCUAAAUGCGCAGGAUCCGACAAUCCAGGACUUCGUUAAAUCACAUCUUUGCAACAUAACACAGAGACCGGAGGUGCAACAACCAGCUGAUGUGAAGCUGCCAGAAGUACCGUCACGUGUCCUUCGUCAUGCGGCGACCCUCUAUGGAAAAGCUCAAGCUAAGGCGGCGAAGAGGCUGCAAAACAACCAGCAGCAGAUGCAUCUGAAGUGUGAUAGUAAAGUACUGGGGCAGGCGGUGUUUGGCGCAGGUGAGACGUCGAUGCUUACAGGUGCGGAAUUGACCUGCAGGAGAGCGAAGUUGUCACUACCCUCGGAAUUCACAAACGAUACGAGAGGUGCCACCCCACGGUUGCGGGUGCUUCGAGGUACUAUGCAAUGA